AGCGCGCCGUGGGCGAGCGGGGCGCGCGGGGCGCUUAUUGAGGCCACUAUUUAACCGCGCAACGGCCGCGCAGCGACCUGUUGUGAUCCCGUCAUGGCGCGCUCCGCCCGUGUCGCUACUCUGGCCGCGUGCCUCUUGUUCGCCUGCGCGGUUACCGACGGGCACCGAUGGAAGCGGCAGACAGACGACACGGCCAAGAAAGACGAGAGCCUGGAGCAGGAGCUAUGCAAGGACAAGGACGCCGGCGAGUGGUUCCGGCUGGUGGCCGGCGAGGGCGACAACUGUCGCGACGUCAUCCAGUGCACCGCCUCGGGCAUUCAAGCUAUUCGUUGCCCGGCUGGUCUAUUCUUCGAUAUCGAGAAGCAAACUUGUGACUGGAAGGAUGCCGUUAAGAAUUGCAAAUUAAAGAACAAGGAGCGCAAAGUCAAGCCUUUGUUGUACACAGAGGAGCCUCUCUGCCAGGACGGAUUCCUGGCCUGCGGAGAUGGCACCUGCAUUGAACGCGGUCUAUUCUGUAAUGGCGAGAAAGACUGCGCCGAUGGAUCCGACGAAAAUAGUUGUGAUAUCGACAACGAUCCGAACAGGGCUCCGCCUUGCGACCCAAGCCAAUGCCAGUUGCCCGACUGUUUCUGCUCGGAGGACGGCACCACAAUCCCCGGCGACCUGCCGUCCCGUGAUGUCCCCCAGAUGAUCACGAUUACCUUUGAUGACGCCAUUAACAACAACAACAUAGAGCUGUACAAAGAAAUUUUUAAUGGCAAGCGCAAGAACCCCAACGGUUGCGAUAUCAAAGCCACGUACUUCGUUUCCCACAAGUACACCAACUACUCUGCUGUACAGGAGACUCACCGCAAGGGACACGAGAUUGCCGUGCACUCAAUCACGCAUAACGAUGAUGAGCGUUUCUGGAGCAAUGCCACGGUCGACGACUGGGGCAAGGAAAUGGCUGGCAUGAGGGUCAUCAUUGAGAAGUACGCCAACGUGACAGACAACAGCGUGGUCGGUGUUCGCGCCCCCUACCUCCGCGUCGGCGGCAACAACCAAUUUACCAUGAUGGAAGAACAAGCUUUCUUGUACGACAGUACGAUCACUGCGCCACUCUCCAACCCACCUCUAUGGCCGUACACCAUGUACUUCCGUAUGCCUCACCGCUGCCAUGGUAACCUGCAGAGCUGCCCUACCAGAAGCCACGCCGUCUGGGAAAUGGUCAUGAACGAAUUGGACCUUCGCGAAGACCCGACCAACGACGAAGACCUACCUGGUUGCGCCAUGGUAGACUCCUGCUCCAAUAUUCUAACCGGAGAUCAGUUCUACAACUUCCUCAAUCACAACUUUGAUCGCCAUUACGACCAAAACCGUGCUCCGUUGGGUCUUUAUUUCCACGCUGCAUGGUUGAAGAAUAAUCCCGAAUUUUUGGAAGCUUUCCUCUACUGGAUCGACGAAGUUCUCCAAAGUCAUAAUGACGUAUACUUCGUUACCAUGACUCAAGUGAUCCAAUGGAUCCAGAAUCCUAGGACAAUCACCGAAGCCAAGAACUUCGAGCCGUGGAGGGAAAAGUGUGCGGUGGAGGGCAACCCCUCAUGCUGGGUGCCACACUCGUGCAAGCUAACGUCGAAGGAGGUACCCGGCGAGACCAUCAACCUGCAGACGUGCGUGCGGUGCCCCGUCAACUAUCCCUGGCUCAAUGACCCCACGGGAGACGGCCAUUACUAGAGUUGAGACGAUCUCGAGCCCACGCGCUCUAAAUUAGUUCAUAUUCAAUUGAGAGUGGAAAUUGCAUCGAUAACAUAUUCUAAGUCAGAGCCAAAAUGACAACAUUAUUUUCACGGAAUGAUACUCCAAUAUGUUUAAGCUUUGAGUAUGUUUUCAUGUAAAGUCGAAGUGUACCGGGUCAUAAUCCCGUUCGUAGUAUAAGUGUACCUACUACCUAACUUUAUGUAAUAUAGCUCACAUGAAUAUUUAAUAGGACCGUUUAAUACUUAUGUGAUUUUUCUUAUGUAAGUCUGUUUGAUAAAAAAUUAAAGUAUAAAAUACAAAAUAAA